ACAAUGUGCAUGCGCAAACUGAAGUGCGUGCAUCGGACGAGGGACAGCUCGGUGUUAAUACAAACGACAAACUGCGUUUAUUCUCCAAAUAUCCUCCACGAGAAGUGGCGAUAAUGAAUUAAACGAGCUCCUAAAGACUUGGUGGACAUCUGUUCCUCUGCCACCAACAUCAAAAAACGGACCUGGAGCUUUUUUUUUGCCCAGAUAGCGAACAUUUCAUCAGAGCCUUCACAACUGUCUCAUAAAGGAUGCAAAUCUGCACAUACUAAUGCCGUCUCCUCUCUGGGCUGGAUGUACGCCCCAACUCGCUCAUGGACAGCAGGUGCUCACUUGACAUGUCAGAGUCUGUAUCAGGGAGAGGAUGUCUAAAUGUGAGCUGAUCGAGCUGAAGGACCUCAGUGUCAAUGAUUCCAUCGAGCUGGCUGCUCCUGCGGCCCGCACAGCCCCGCCGCCUGUAAACCAGCCAAGCCACUUCCACGUCGUCCGUCUGGUCGGAGACAGCGUCAGCAUCGAGGCACCCCGGUGUCAGACAGGAGAGGCUGCAGUGGGUCAUGACUUCCAAUCGUACAGUUACACCCAUCUGUCCUGGUGCGACCUGUGUGGAGAAUUCAUCUGGGGUCUUUAUAAGCAAAGUCUGCGCUGCGCCAACUGCAAUUACACUUGUCACUACCGCUGCCGACCGUUCAUCCAGCUGGACUGCAGCACAGAUGGAAGUUUGUUAACAGACCAGGAAGAUUUCUCCGCCGACUCCCUCGAGACAGACACAAAUGUGGACGAACAGAUCGACUGGCGGAAACAGGAGUUGACUGUUAGUGAGAUUCAGCAGAAGGUGAAGGAGUAUAACGCACAGAUCAACAGCAAUCUCUACAUGGUGGUUAAUAAAGACGGGUCCUACACUGGUUUCAUCAAAGUCCACUUUCAGUUACUCCGUCCCAUCUCCCUCCCUCCCCGUCCGAGCCUGUGCUCGUCACCGGAGGAAGAUCAGCAAGGCAGACGGAUGAAACGGCGGACAUCUUUCUACCUCCCUAAAGAUGCAGCCAAGCACCUGCAUAUAAGCUCCCAAACACGUGUGCGUGAAGUCAUCGAGGCACUGCUCAACAAGUUCACGGUGGUGGACAACCCGGCCAAGUUCGCCCUGUUUGAACGUGCUGAGAGACAAAGUCAAGUGUACAUGCGUAAACUGUCUGAUGAUGAGUGUCCCCUCUUCCUGCGCUUGUGUGCCGGCCCCAGUGAAAAAGUCAUGACUCUGGUUUUAAAGGAGAAUGAAACAGGGGAAGUAAAUUGGGAUGCAUUUAGUUUUCCCGAGUUGUGCAACUUUCUGCGGAUCCUGAAGCGUGAGGAAGAAGAGCAUGUGCGGCAGAUUGUGAGGCGCUACGCUCUUGCUAGAGACACAAUGAAGCAGGCCAUGGCGAGGAUUUCUACACCUGGAUGACUUUGGAUUCAAGUAAUUUUCAUAUCUAAACAGGAAGAAGAACGUUCUGAAUAGUAUUAUUGAUGAGUGAUGUAAAUGGGAAGGGAAGAGCUCAGACACAAUGUUUUGAAUAACUGUUGUUUUUGAAGCGAGGAUAUUGAUGUUACAUUUAAUGUGAAAUAUAUAAUUUUGUGCAAGCAAAGUCUCUGUUGUGAA